CGGCAGGCACGGGUAGGCAGUCGGGCGCCUCCGCUCCAAAGCGCAUCUCCUUUCCCCCGGAUGAGCCAGUGAUACCCACCCGCCGCCGCGGCCGCCGAUCCCCGUCCCCGCCCCGCCGAGAGAUCCCCGCCGCAUCGAGCGAGGAUGCCUCGCCACGGCUACCACCACGACCCGCCCCCGCCCGCCUGCUGCUGCGGAUGCGGCUGCGGCUGCGCGGGCGCGGCGCCGUGCUACUACCCUGCGCCCGUCCCGGCCCCGCCCAGCUCCGCCGCGUCCGACCACCUCCUCCACGCCAUCGCCGCCCACCUCCUCCUCAACUCCCCGGCGCCCGCCCAGCCUCCGCCUCCGCCGCAGCCCCAGGCCCAGCCGGCGCCUCCGCCUCCUCCUCCCGCCGCGCACCACGCCACGAAUCCCUAUCCGUAUCCCUACCCCUACCAGCAUCAGUACCAGUACCAGCAGCAGGAGGCCAAAACCCACGCCUACACCCACCCUCCGGCGCCGCCGCAGCCCAACCCAUCCGGCGACCACGGCCACCUCCUGCUCCACUCGCUCCUGCGCCGGGUGGCCGCGCUCGAGUCCGCCCUCCCCCGCAGCUUCCCCGCCCCUCCCCCUGCGCGGCUGCCGCCCCACCCGAACCCUCGCCCGCGCCGCGCUGCCCGCUACCAGGAGGAGGUUGAGGAAGAGGAAUCGGAAUCAGAAGCGGAACCGGAAUCCCCGCCCUCGCCUCCGCCGCGGGGGCGGCCGCGGCGGCCAGCUCGCGCCGGGCCGCCCUCCGCGGCGAGCGAGCGCGCGGCGCGGACGAUCCAGGCGCACUUCCGACGCUUCCUGGCGCGGCGCUCCCGGACGCUGCGCCAGCUCAAGGAGCUCGCCGUGAUGCGGUCCAAGGCCGCCGCGAUCCGGGGGUCCCUCUCCGGGCGCCGCGGGUGCGCCGACCCCGCCGCCGUCUCCGAGGCGGCCAUGGGCCUCCUCCUCCGGCUCGACGCGAUCCAGGGAGGGGACCCCUUGAUCCGCGAGGGGAAGCGCGCCGUGAGCCGGGAGCUCACCCGGAUCUUGGAGUUCGUUGACAAGGUGUUGGUCAAAGAGCACGAGCAGGUGGCCAUGGGUGAUGCAUUGGUCACUGACGAGUACUAUGAAGGCUGCAAGGCUGCGUUCGUGGCAGGACGCCCGUCUACGAGCAAGAAGAAGGUGAGUUUCUCUGGUAAUGGCCAGGUUUACGAGCUCAAUGGAAAUACGGAGAACGGAAAUGAGGUGGAUGAAAACUCUGAAAACUCGAGCUCUGCUGAGUCUGAUGUGGUGAAGCCUAGCAAGAGAAGUGCUAAUGGUAAGCCUGGGCUUGCUGCACCAAUGCCCGUGCAAAUGGAGUCGAGGAGGAUUGCUGAUGAGAGGAGAUAGCUUUCGAUUUGCAUCAUGUAAUGCCACGCUUGGGUUUAAUAACCCUGUGGUUUGACAUCUCGUUGCUGCAUUUACACUGCUGUUUCUCACUGCUGUUUCAUGAGGGAAGAUUGGAUCUCUCAAAUGGUAUUGGUAGAGUCUGUACAAUUGUGAGCUCCAGAACUAGGGCAGCUGUAUGCUUAGAUGACCUCUCCGUUAAUUGCAUUUUGUUGUAGGAUUGUACUACUGUACUAGUAUCAACUUUUGGCACUGAGAGCUAGAAUUGUAGCUUGAAUCAUUUCGUUGAACUGAAACGUUUAGGUCCUUGAAUAAUCAUUUUUUUUUCUGAUCAACAA